AUGGCUCUGCCCUCGACAUAUUCUGGGGCUACAGAUUCUGGAUCUGGAGACAUACCGUACUGCCGUAAGCAGAAAUCGCUCGGCCUCUUAUGCUCCAAUUUUUUGAGGUUGUACAAUCGAGAUGGAGUUGAGACAAUUGGGCUUGAUGAUGCAGCCUCAAAAUUAGGGGUGGAAAGGAGGCGGAUCUAUGAUAUCGUGAAUGUUUUGGAAAGUGUUGGUAUUCUCUCCAGGAAGGCGAAAAAUCGAUACACGUGGAAAGGGUUUGGGGCGGUACCUACGACCUUAGAAGCCCUAAAGAAAGAAGGGUUUAGGGAUCAUGGCCCUGCAGCUGAUACAAGCUUCUCUGAGAAAAUUUCAGAUGAGGAUGAAGAUGAGAUGUCGGAUAUGAACAGUUUAAGUCAAAAGUCAGAUUCUAGUUCUGUUCCUAGAUAUCCCCUGCCACCUAAAACUGGUGACAAUAGGAAGGAAAAAUCUCUUGGGCUUCUUACACAAAACUUUGUCAAGCUUUUCCUGUGUACUGAUCUGGAAAUGAUAUCUCUAGAUGAAGCUGCAAAGCUCUUGCUUGGUGAUGGGAAACAUACAUCAAUGACUACUAGAACAAAAGUUAGAAGGCUGUAUGAUAUCGCCAACGUGUUAUCCUCCAUGAAAUUUAUUGAGAAGACUCAUCACCCAGAGACGAGAAAACCGUCAUUUAGAUGGUUGGGCCUGAAUGAGAGGCCAGACAAUGGAAUUACUAAUUCUGUGGUUUUUACCGAGUCUAAGAAAAGAGUCUUUGGGACUGAUCUCACUAAUGUUACUGCAAAGAGGUUCAAGUUGGAUGGAGGUUCUCAACAUGUCCUGAAGCCACACAAUCCUAUGCGAAUUAAGCACGAGACUGAGAGUGAGGAUGAAAGAACAAGAAUGGCUGGAAGGAAUUACCAUUAUGGUCCUUUUGCACCUGCAAAUGCGCCCAAGGUUGCAGGCUCUAAUGGUGACAAGGAAAAACAGGUUGUUGAUUGGGAAAACCUAUCAUUUUCUUACCGCCCGCAGUAUCAUAACCAAGCUAUAAAGGAUCUUUUCUCACAUUACGUCGAAGCUUGGAAAUCGUGGUACUCUGAAGUUGAUGAGAAGAGCCCGUUACAACUAACGUCCUAA